AUGCCGCCGCCGCCGCCGCCGCUCUCGGCCGCUCCUGCCCCGGCCCGGGGCGGCUCCCGCGACCCCUUCGGCCGCUCCGGCGCUUCCCGGGGCGGCUCCCGGGGCGGUUCCCGGGGGGGUUCUCGGGGUUCGCGGGGGUCCCCGGGCCGCCCGCAGCGGUACCGCCGCCACCCCAAACCCCCCUACUCCUACCUGGCGCUGAUCGCGCUCGUCAUCCGCGCCGCCCCCGGCCGCCGCCUCAAGCUCGCCCAGAUCAUUCAGCAGCUGCGGAGCCUCUUCCCGUUCUUCGGGGGGCGCUACCAGGGCUGGAAGGAUUCCGUGCGCCACAACCUCUCCUCCAACCCCUGCUUCGCCAAGGUGCUGAAGGACCCCUCCAAGCCUCACUCCAAAGGCAACUUUUGGACGGUGGACGUGGCUCGGAUCCCUCCGGCGGCGCUGCGGCUGCAGAACACGGCGGUGGCGCGCGCCAACAACGUCAACGUCAACGUCAACAACGUCAACAACAACGUCAACGCCAACAACAACGUCAACGUCAACAACAACGUCAACGUCAACGCCAACGCCGCCAUCCCCUUCGUCCCCGACCUCUCCCCCUUCAUCCUCUCGGGGUGCCCCUUCCCCCCGUCCCCUCCUGCCCCCCAAAAUUCCAACUUCUCCAUCGAUUCCCUCCUCCGGCGGCCCCCGAAUUGGGAGGGGCCGAAAUUCGGGGCGCCCCCAAACCGCCCCCAAAUUUGGGGUCAGCUGCCGACGUCCUACAGCGCCGGGCCGGCCCCCAACGCGGUGGCACCGGGGGUGGGGGGGGCGCCCCGA